CAACAUAGCAAAUUCAUGGCAAUGUACAAUGAAUUGACUCAAUUCAAUCACUACUAUUUUUAUUUUUAAACCUCAAGUAUUGUAAAUAGAAAAUAAGAAAAUCAAUGUCACCAAAGCAUACUCAAUAAAAAAAAAAAAAAAAAAAAUGCCACAGGUGUAGUAAAUCUCCUUUAUAUUUUCUCUCAGUCCUACAUAUGUUCAAGUUAUUAUUUGGUAAGGACAAAUAUUCAUUUAAAUCAACACUUUAAUUAAACCGUCCUGCUACACAAGUCAACUUUAAGAAAAAGUUAAAUGAUCUUCCACUUACAAACACAAGUAAAUGGUGACGCUUGAACUUGUGACUUCAAAGUCAGAAUUUUACCAUCUCAAUCUACUUUAAUUGCUUAAUUUCUCGUAUACAUAUCAUGAUCACCAAACACAUACCAAAAAAAAAAAAUAAUAAAAAAAAAACAAUGACAAGACAAAUUAAAAAAUGAACUAAAAAAAAAUUAUCCAAAUUCCAUAAAAAGAAAAUAAAAGGGGAGUUUGGGUUUAGAAACCCAGUCAACGAGGUAAAGAGGAAAGAGAAUCACCGAGUUUAUUCCGACCCCAAAAAGAAAGUUCAAUUGCGUUUGAUUUUAAGCUGAAACAAGGAAAAAAGAUAAUUUGAAAUUGAAGCAGAAAAAAAUUGGAGAAAAUUCGAGGAAUAUUAAAGGAGAAAAUUUGGAGGGAACGAAAAUCGAUAAUGGGGGCAGCUGGUUCCAAAUUGGAGAAAGCCCUCGGUGAUCAUUUUCCUGAAGGUGAAAGAUAUUUUGGCCUUGAGAAUUUCGGCAACACUUGCUACUGCAACAGCGUUUUGCAGGCUCUCUAUUUCUGUGUUCCAUUUCGUGAGAAAUUACUGGAGUACUAUGAGAAGAACAAAAACCCUGUUGAUCCAGAGGAAAAUUUGCUCACAUGUUUGGCAGAUUUAUUUACACAGAUAAGCUCUCAGAAGAAGAAAACAGGCGUAAUUGCUCCCAAACGCUUUGUACAGAGAGUAAGGAAAGAAAAUGAGCUCUUCCGUGGUUACAUGCACCAGGAUGCUCAUGAAUUUCUGAACUUUUUGUUAAAUGAACUUGUCGAUAUACUGGAGAAAGAAUCUUCUGCUGCAAAAGAUAGCUCAGAAAAUUCAUCGUCUGAAAAGGCUGCGAAUGGACCAAGAAAUGGCCUAGCCAAUGGUGUACAGAAGGAACCUCUUGUUACCUGGGUUCAUAAAAAUUUUCAGGGUAUAUUGACAAAUGAAACAAAAUGCCUGAGGUGUGAGACUGUCACAGCUAGAGAUGAGACAUUCUUUGAUCUAAGCCUUGAUAUAGAACAGAACAGCUCCAUUACUAGUUGCCUUAAGAACUUCAGCUCCACCGAAACUCUUAACGCUGAGGAUAAAUUUUUCUGUGACAAAUGCUGUAGUUUGCAAGAAGCUCAGAAGAGAAUGAAGAUUAAAAAGCCACCUCACAUUCUGGUGAUUCACCUGAAGCGCUUCAAAUACAUUGAGAAUCUUGGUAGGUACAAGAAGCUCUCUUAUCGUGUUGUGUUCCCGUUGGAGCUUAAAUUAACCAACACAAUGGAGGAUGCAGAUUCAGAGUACUCCUUAUUUGCUGUGGUUGUACAUGUGGGGACUGGGCCAAACCAUGGUCACUAUGUCAGCCUUGUGAAAAGCCACAACCAUUGGUUGUUUUUCGAUGAUGAGAAUGUUGAUAUAAUUGAUGAGUCUGCCGUUCAGACUUUCUUUGGAUCAGCUCAAGAGUAUUCUAGCAACUCAGAGCACGGAUAUAUCUUGUUCUAUGAAAGGCUUACAAGUGAAACAAGUUAACCAAAAUUUUGAUUUCCGACUUCUUGUCUCUACUCCUGUCAUGUGUAAUGUGUGAAAAUGAGCUCCAAAACCUCAGAAUGUUCUAUUGUACAGAGGAUGAAUUAUCGUUUUUUCUUAUACAUUCUCUCUGGUUUCCUAAGGGAACGACAAUAAAUUGAUUGUAAAUGACAGUUUGGAGAAAGAUGUAAACUAACGCAUGAGCUGCCGAUAAUUGCAAAUCGGAUUAUACACUUCAGCUCAUGAUCUUUGGACUUGCUCUGCCUUUUGACCAGCUGGGCUAUAUCAAUAUUCAUUAGCUUAUUAAUCCUUUCAAGUCCAAUA